AUGCAGGCUUUAAGAUUUCACACAAGCCGAUGUGUACGACGCGCUCCGCUCAGCAUAGCAAAGCGUGCUUUGUCCAGCAUACCAUCCUCUUCCUCAUCGGCGCCCUCCAACUCCCUGCCUUGGUUUAUUGACCCAGCCGACGCUGCACCCAGCACUAGCACCAGCACGCCCUCCCAUAGGAUAACGCCACAUGCGUACCCCUUACCACCUCUCCCCGCAGGCGUAUCAUCAGACAGCCCCAUCGCCCACCUUCGUGCUGCACUGAGCACCUCUCCGCAUCUAGAGCCUGGCCAACUCAUUGUGCGGGAGCCAAUACCCACUGCAACUGGCCCUCCAUUGCCCGACAGUCCGCCCAAAGGACGAAGGAAAAGAGGGCGGACGUAUGCUGGCGAGGGGGUGUACGAGUACGCAGGAGGAAUCUGGAACUGGAUAAUUAUCGCACAGGUGAAGGAAGGCACGGAGAAGCGUGGUGCAAUCGAGUCUGUCGUACGAAUUGUUCGCAGGACGCUAUUGACAGCACAACCGCCACUUCCUCUACCGCCCAACUCGAAGCGUCGUGUAAACGACGGUUGGGCGAUGAUUGACGCAGGGGAGUUCGCGGUGCAUAUUGUGGGCAAAGAGGCCAGAGAGAAAUUCUUCCCCGACACCGUUCGCGAUUGGUAG